CAGCAGCAGCAGCAGCGGAGCCGCUCGUCUCUUCAGCCGGAGUCACAGCGCAAUCCCGUUACAGCCAUGGCAGACAACGCCGGCUUGGAAAACCACCGCAUUAAGAGCUUUAAAAACAAGGGUCGCGAUGUCGAGACUAUGAGGAGACAUCGGAAUGAAGUCACAAUCGAGUUAAGAAAGAACAAACGAGACGAACAUCUACUGAAGAAGAGAAACGUCCCGCAGGAGGAGAGUCUGGAGGACUCUGAUGUCGACUUAGACUUCAAAGGACACAAUAUUACACUUGAUUGCAUAUUACAGAAUGCGACCAGUGAUAAUGCAGUUAUUCAGCUAAGUGCCGUGCAGGCAGCCAGAAAACUGCUCUCCAGCGACAGAAACCCGCCCAUCGACGACUUGAUAAAGUCUGGGAUCCUGCCUAUUUUAGUGAAAUGCCUAGAAAGAGAUGACAACCCUUCUCUCCAGUUUGAAGCAGCCUGGGCUCUGACCAACAUCGCCUCGGGAACGUCAGCACAGACUCAGGCGGUGGUUAAAUCUAAUGCGGUGCCGCUGUUCCUCGAACUUCUACGCUCCACCCAUCAGAACGUCUGUGAACAGGCUGUAUGGGCUCUAGGAAACAUUAUAGGUGACGGUCCACAGUGCAGGGAUUAUGUCAUCUCCCUGGGUGUGGUCAAGCCUUUGCUGUCGUUUAUCAACCCGUCAAUCCCCAUCACCUUUUUGCGUAAUGUCACCUGGGUGAUAGUUAAUCUGUGCCGCAAUAAGGACCCACCUCCUCCAAUGGAGACGGUGCAAGAGAUUCUGCCUGCCCUCUGCAUCCUUAUAUAUCACACUGACAUAAACAUUCUGGUGGACACGGUGUGGGCUCUGUCCUACCUGACGGACGGUGGCAACGAGCAGAUCCAGAUGGUCAUCGAUUCCGGCGUCGUCCCUUUUCUCGUGCCUCUCCUCAGCCACCAAGAGGUCAAAGUUCAGACGGCAGCUCUCCGGGCGGUGGGAAACAUCGUGACGGGCACAGACGAGCAGACGCAGGUCGUCCUCAACUGCGACGUCCUUUCGCAUUUCCCCAACUUGCUCACACAUCCCAAGGAAAAGAUUAAUAAGGAAGCCGUCUGGUUCCUGUCCAACAUCACAGCUGGAAACCAGCAGCAGGUCCAGGCGGUGAUCGAUGCCGGACUGAUCCCCAUGAUAAUCCAGCAGCUGGCCAAGGGGGACUUUGGCACUCAGAAGGAGGCGGCGUGGGCCAUCAGCAAUCUCACCAUCAGUGGAAGGAAAGACCAGGUGGAGUUCCUGGUGGACCAGAACGUCAUCCCUCCGUUCUGCAACCUGCUGUCGGUGAAAGACUCGCAGGUGGUGCAGGUGGUUCUGGACGGACUGAAGAAUAUUCUCAUCAUGGCGGGAGAUGAAGCCAGUAACAUCGCUGAGAUCAUCGAGGAGUGUGGAGGUUUGGAGAAGAUUGAGAAUCUACAACAGCACGAGAACGAGGACAUCUACAAACUAGCCUUUGAGAUUAUUGAUCAGUACUUUUCAGGAGACGACAUCGACGAAGACCCCACGCUGAUCCCCGAAACCACUCAAGGAGGAACCUUCAGCUUCGACCCAGCGUCCAACAUGCAAACCAAGGAGUUCAACUUCUGAAGAGAGGCAGAGUGUUCGGAGGAAACCAGCUGCACAGGUGCUCCGGAAACACCACAGACCUUCAUCCACCUCUCCAACCCGGCAACCUGGUACGGAAGGAUUUGCUCCGCUUCAACAUGGAACCGCCUCCGCACCGCGGCGGAGUUUCUUCAAUCCAGCAAAUCUCACAUCGGACUCCUCAGAUUCAGUUGCCAAAUCUUCACACGGAUAACCAGAACACCAGAAACGCACCCACACACACUCACACAUACACACACACACACACACACACUUUGAUCUUAGCGAUUGUGUGCAUACUUCAGUUCAAAGCCAUCAUAUCACCAAAUGGGGAAGAAAUACUGCUGUUUGUUUUUCGUGGUUUCUUUUGUGCUUUCCCCUCCCUUAGAUUGUUCCGGUGUUUAUCGCACGCACAAGAACACACCUAGUCACAUAGAGUUGCACCCCGACGCCCCUUCUCUCACCGAUCUAAAGGUUUGGUCCCAGAGCAAAGCCAUGCUGAACCACAGAGCCGUGUCCGGGCUGAGCGGGCGGCACACGAGGACUCAGAGCGAACUUGACUGACGGGAUUUGUGACUGAAUGACGUCACCUUUUUUUUUUUUUUUGGAUUAUUGAAUGUUUCUUUUAAAAACACAAAUGUGAAGAUGACUUUUUUUUUUUUUUCAAACAUGCAACCUAAUGAUCCAGCAGAGCGAGAAAACAUUUUUUAAGACGACAACCUACCGUCGUCACGGCGGCCGUUCACCCCGCCUCACCCCUUCAGUUCAGGACGUCCACCAGUGAAUAUUAAUGCAAAAUUUUAAGUGUUCCUUUUUUAGAGACCAUAUUUUACAGUUGUUGUUUUUUUUUCUUCUUCAGUCUUAUGCACACGUGUCUGCGAGGCAAAUUCAGAAUCUGCCUCCAGACCCGGACCUUCACUCAAAGACUUGGAGAGAGUGAAGGUCUGAACCGUUCCACUGCUUUAAAUGAAGCGGUCAUCGUUCGAUUGUGACGUGUAAAACCUCCUCGCUGUCUCUUUACUUAAAAGCCUGUACAAAGCUGCUGCAGCUGACAUGCUGUCGACGAUGAUGGGGGCGGACGGACGGACGUUCUUUUGUUUUCUCAGUUGAAAGCAAUAUUUCUUUUUGACUUGCAUAUGUGUUAUGACGACAUCCUGAAGAAUUGGAACUGGCGUUUUGGUUUUUUUUUUUUUAAUCGUAGUCCGUGGUGGUGAUGGGCUCGGUCACACGUGACCCCAACCCUUGUCAGGAGGACUGGACGAUCCUCUAGUUGGCUGCUAACUACUGAGAGGGGGGUCAGAAAAAAAAGGGGGUGUACCCUGUUUUCUUUUUUAAAAAUGUUGGGUGGGCUUGUGUUGGGAUUGUUUAUCACUGAACAAAGCAAAUGUAGAGAGGGUGUACAGUCAUGGACGAGCAGACUAGACCGAGCCACUUUAAAGAUUUACAAUUUUGUUGCCUUGUAGCCGACGUGGAUACAAGCUUGUGUUUGUUGCAAGAUUUUUACUUGCUGAUUAAAAAAAAGAAAGUUGUUUUAAAGGAAAUAAUAGAGUAAAAAGCAACAGACAGCGUUUUGGCCUCUGAUUGUUUAUAUCUUUUUAUAAAUUUUAGAUUGACCUUUUCUCUUUAAGGUGGCUCAUUGAUGCUUUCAACUCCUGUGCAUAUUAAAACGAGUUGGAAAUCA